AUGGCGCUACUUACUCCUGUUCAGAGAUUACACCUCAUGAAUGGUCUCAUGAUGGUCCAACAACAGCAUGCUGCUAACACCCUAACUGUGGUCCAUUUGCUCCAUGUGCGACGUCAGGCAUGCCAGCAACAGCGGAGGAGAUAUUGGGUCCGAGAAUGGCUUAUCAGGAGACCACUGUAUGGCAUGUACGAGAAACUGAUGGGGGAAUUGGAGCGCGAAGACGUGGCAGGGUUCCGGAACUUUAUCCGGAUGGAACCAGCCCAGUUCUAUGAGCUGUUGCAGACAAUCGGUGAUCGCAUCACGAAGCAGAACAUAUGGUUUAGGAAACCUCUGGAACCUGGUCUGAAGCUGUCCAUCGCAUUCCGCUACUAUGCUGAAGGGGACAGCUACCACUCCCUCAUGUACAGCUUCAGAGUGGCUCAUAACACCAUCUCGAAGAUUGUGCUUGAGGUGAGCAGUGCCAUUGUGGCAGAGCUGGCAGUGGAGCGAAAUGGCAGUUUUUCCACGCCCUGGGCGCCCUUGGUGGCAAACACGUGCACGUCCGAUGUCCGGCCAAGGGGGGAUCAUUGUACUACAAUUACAAGGGCUUUCAUGGCCCAUGUCGAUGCGGAGUACAAAUUCAUGUGGAUCGACAUCGGGACGGCCGGCUCCCACUCCGAUGCCCAAGUCUUCAACCACAGCGAGCUGAAGGACGCCAUUGAUAAUGGCGUCAUUGGUUUCCCCAAUGCCGCACCUCUUCCAGGUGACGACAAGAAUGUACCAUUCUUCAUGUUAGGAGACGACGCAUUCGCACUAAGAACGUGGAUGAUGAAACCCUACAGCACCCAAAACCUUGAACACGACGACCGCAUUUUCAAUUAUCGAUUAUCCAGGGCCAGGAGAAUAGUCGAGAAUGCUUUCGGCAUUUUAGCCAGUCGAUUCCGCUGCCUCGUACCAACAAUGCAUCAGACCCCGGUGACAGUGGUCCAGAUUGUGGAGGCAUGUGUGUGCCUACACAAUCUAAUGCACAUGUGGACCCAGGUACGAUACCCGUCGAUGCCGACCAUGAGAACGAGAACCACCAAGUGGUUCCUGGUGCUUGGAGGAAUGGUCGGCAGAUCGACGAUGUGA